AUGUUUUGGCCUGUGUUAUUAUCAUUGACGAUAAUAUUACCAGUCUUGGUUUACUAUUAUGUAAAAUGGAAAUACUAUACAUUGCGUGGUCGAGUUCCCGGUCUACAACCAGAAUUGAAAUAUGGAAAUCUUCGUCAACUUGGAAUGAUAACAAACAGAAGACCGACUGAUUCAUAUGUUCGUGGUUUUGAAAAAAUGCAAAAACAAUUUGGAGACAUAUUUCAAAUUUGGGUAGGUUCAAAUCAUUAUUAUGUAUUUUGUCGUCCUGAACAUGCCGAACAAAUUCAUUCCGAUCGUCAUAUAUUCGAUCGUGCCGAUGUUCGUACAAAAACAUUUGGUUUAAUAGCAGAAGAUUUUCUAAUCACACUUGCUGGUUCGAAAUACAAAAGACAUGCAAAAGUAAUUAUACCAAUGUUAAGAAAACAUCGAUUUCAAUCACAAAUUUCGAUUAUUAUCAAUUAUGUUGAUGAAUUGAUUGAGAUUUGGAAAGAUAGAUAUGAUAAACAAGAUAAUUCCAUAUGUAAUUCUAUAUUAUUCGAUAAUGAACAACUAAUGUUGGAUACAUUUACACGCUUAACAUUUGAUUAUGAUUUGGGCAGUUUAAAGCAUUUAUCAAAAACUAAGAAAUUAACUAAUUCAUCAGAAGACGAAAUUCAAUCAUCGGAACUAGGUGUCGCAUUAACAAUUUGGAUAGGUGCAUUUAGGCGUGUUAUAGGCAAUGGCAUGCCGACUUUUAUCAAUGAUUUCCUAUUGAAAAUUGAUAAGAAAUAUCAAAAUGCUUUGAGGACGCUAGAAAAUAAUGCAGAAAAUAUUAUUCGAAAAUGUCAAGAAGAAAUCGAUCUAAAUAAUAGACCAAAAACUCUUAUUGAAUCAUUAGUAUCAUCAUUACAAAAAGACGAAGAAUUAGAAAGAAGAAAACCUGAAAAAGAACAGACAGGAAUUACGAAAAGAGAAUUAGUAGGUGAAAUGUUAGGAUUGAUUCUCGGUGGUUAUGAGACAUCGGCCACUGUUCUUGCAUGGUUUAUUUAUUGUGUAAGUCAAAAGUAUGAAGCUCAACAAAAAAUGAAAGAAGAAUUGAAACAGCAUGGUAUUACAAAAGAAACAUCUUUAGAUAAUUUCGAUCUAUUAGAUCAAUGUGAAUAUAUUGAUUGUGUGUUGAAAGAAACAUUAAGAUUGGCAAUAACUUCGUUUGGUUCACCUCGAACACUUCUUCAUGAUACUAUUAUUGAUGGAUUUCAACUUCGUAAAGGAGAUACAGUUGUAUCAUCAUUUACUUUAAUGCAACGUGAUCCAAGAUAUUGGAAAUUAGAUCCAAAUCAAUUUAUUCCAGAGAGAUUUUUUGGUGUUGAUGCACCCGAUGCUAAUCACAAUCCAUUUGUCUUUGGUCCAUUUGGAGGUGGACAUCGAGGUUGUGUUGGACAAGAUUUAGCUCGACUAGAAUUAAAAGUAAUAAUUAUACGUUAUAUGCUAUUCGUUACUUUUGUUAAUACAUCUGUAAACAAAGGUGAUCAUUAUCAACAGGCGAGAAUUUCACCGAAUCAAUUCACUGCUUCAAUCAAAUUUGAUUAA